AUCCUGGGUAAUGUAGUUUUGGAGUGCCUUUUAAGAGCCCGAGCGUCGUGAACGCUAGCGACACACAGAACUACAGUUCCCUGUGCGAGCAGGAAGCAGAGCGCCGGACCGAGAUUUGUUUUUAGCUUAGCUGGGACACGAGCGGAAUAGGAACCGAGGGAAGAACACGACAGGGCUUCUGAGCCUGGUUUGACGUUCAAACCAAGAAAAAACAAGGACCUCCACAUUUUUCUUAAGUUGAUUUUGCUGCCAUGCCGGUGCACCGUGACCGGGAGAAGAAGGAGAGUACGGCAGAGGAGAUGGAGGUGGAAGAGCAUGAGCAGGAGGCGUCCAGCACGGAAGAGGAGGAUUCGGACACCUCCUCUGUCUCGGAUGAUGGAGACAGCUCAGAAAUGGACGAGGAGGACUGUGAGCGGAGGAGGAUCGAGUGCCUGGAUGAAAUGUCCAACCUGGAGAAACAGUUCACAGAUCUCAAAGACCAGCUGUAUCGUGAGCGUCUCAGUCAGGUGAACAGCAAACUGCAAGAGGUGGAGGCUGGUCGGGCAGCGGAGUAUCUGGAACCUCUGGCGGUGCUGCUGGAGAACAUGCAGGUCCGCACUAAAGUGGCAGGUAUCUACAGGGAGUUGUGUCUGGAAUCUGUGAAGAACAAGUAUCAGUGUGAGAUCCAGGCGGCAUGUCAGCACUGGGAGAGCGAGAAGCUCCUGCUGUUCGACACGGUGCAGAGUGAACUGGAGGAGAAAAUCAGAAGACUGGAGGAAGACAGACACAGCAUCGACAUCACGUCGGAGCUGUGGAAUGACGAGUUGUCGGGGAGGAAGAAGAGGAGAGACGCUCUUAGUCCAGAUAAGAAGAAGAGAAGACCCUCAGUCGUCUCUGGCCCAUAUAUUGUCUACAUGUUACCUGACCUGGACAUCCUGGAGGACUGGACGGCCAUCAGAAAGGCUGUGGCUACGCUGGGCCCCCACAGAGGGAAGACCGACGCCGAUAGCCCCGUGUUCCCAUUCAGACCGGAUCGAAACAGACCCAUACUGAACUGCUGAGGCGCGCGAGCACACACACACACACACACACACACACACACACACACACACACACACACACACACACACACACACACACACACACACACAUAUGUGUAUGUCAAUUACACCCAAACACACACAAAGUCACACACACGAAAAAUGCACACGGCGGAACAUUUCUCAGAGUCCACCACGCUGCUCGGCCAACAGCGACACCAGUCGGUGAGCUGCCUCUUGUGCCAAGCGGAAGACACACACGACAAGGACUCACAGGUUUGAAUCCCCUUAAAGAACAAACAGGAAUAGAGAUUUUUAAAUAUUGUCCUUUUUUUGGUCUGGAAAGUUGCUGUUCCCUGAGUGUCGAGGUAAGAGGUGGUCUCUCUGUGAACAGUCAAAGUCAAAGUAAAAAAAAUCAUUGAUGCAACAUGAUACAAGUAUCACUGUAAUAUAAAGCUAACAGGUUUUAUUCACUAAUUGAAUUUUUAAAAAAAAAAAGGCUUAAUGUGACUCCUGAGCAAAUGAGAACAUGAUUUGCUGACAUGUUACACGUCUAUCAUCAUGUCAGAUGCCGUUUUUCAACGUUUGACCUCCGAGCCUUUGAUCAAAACAGUUUUUUCUUCAAAACUAGCUGUCACAUUUGGGAUCUGAAUCUUUGAAAUGACCAGUGGCAAAAUGUUUUUCAGUCCUUGUUUACAUAUUGAACAGAUCCACCCACAGUAAAGUGUUUUCUUUUUUUGUUUUUUUUUACUUCCCAAGAACCAGGUUAUUCACGAUUUACAACCCACUUAGCGCUCUGAACGGUGUCAAUGGACAGUGGGGUUAUUUCUUCAAGUUUACAACUACAACAAGCAAACUCCGUCAUCUGCCACAGAUGGCGUUUGACAGUGGAAUUCACCGUUAACCCCUCAUUUUCUGGACAUAGAAAUCACUGGCAAAUAUUUACAUUUGAGCUCUAUUGACAGUGCUCAAGCAUUUUGGAAGGGUUUUCCUUCUCGGGGGUAUUUAAACCAGGAUGUCAAAUUUAUGACAAGGCUCCACAUCAUGGCAUUGAGGUUUUUUGUCUCGAACAUAGCAGGUUAUUGAUGUUUCCAAUGACAUAUGGAGAAAUAAGAAUAUUUUUCUUACUUUUUUUAAUGUGGAUUUGUUGAAUUAUAUUGUUUGCAAUUCAUAAUGAUUCUGUGUGAUAAUGUUUUUAACAGUUAGGUGACCAGAGUUUUGAGCAGUGCCUACAUUGGAAGCUACGUUCAGUUAUAUUCCAGCAUCAUGUUCUUUAGGGUUUAGCGCUGCAUCUUUGUUGCUGUGAUGAACUCAACUCCUAAUUUAAAGCCCACAUUGAGAGCAGUGUAAUUGAAAUGCAAUUAUAGGAAAUAAAUAUUUCAAUAUUUGUACGCGCCUACGAGACCAAGGCAGAUUUAGGUGAUCAAAAAAGGGGGGGGGGGUUCCCAAAUUCAUGGAGAUAUUAGAUUUCUAACUGAUUUUUAAAGAUAUUGACAUGGUAGUAUUCUGCAAUUAUUCUCGGCUGAAUGUAUCUACCUCUUCUCUCAUUCUUUUGUUACUAUUACUCUUGGACAUGUAAAUGCUUCCAUCUCUAUGGCCAUGUUGAUUUUAAUUGUGUAUUUCUGUUUUUUAAUUUUUUUUAUGGCUUUGAUUCUUGCAUUUUUGUCAGGAUGUUUUUAGUUUUUUUUUAACCCUCCAACGAUGACGGCUAAUUGUACAGAAGUGGAAGGAACCAAACUCCGAAUCACACCCCCCGCCCCCAUCACUGAUUCUUCACAGAUUCAACCCACUGUUUGUACUGGAUGAUGAACAAACUGCCAUUUAAUAAUACAGAACUGUGGUUUUUAAAGAUUAAGGUGGUGUGGAUGUGAAAUAUUCAAAUGAAUAUUUUUCGAUUUUUUUUUUUUAUAUUAAGUAAUGCAUCAGGUACAUUUGUCUUUUUUUGUUAAAGAUGUUUUACAAUUAAACAUUUUAUUGUUAUUA